AUGUCGUCGUCAGCUUCGCAUAUCUUGCACCGUGGACGGAGUGUGUUUUCCAAACUCAACAAAAAGUACAGAAUCCCAGCUAGCGCAACCCUCGCUACGGCUGCCUCCUGUCCUUACUCCUCUGUCCCUUGCUCCCAUAACGCCGAUGCCUUCCUCUCCACCGAAUCAUGCCCCUCCGGACAGGCUCACUCCCCUUCCAACUCCACCUCAAACAACAACAACUCUCAUAUCAGCAACCCCCAGGAUCUCUGCAAAGCACAACAGCUCUUUGAUCUCGCCCAACAACUCCUCUUUGGCCGUCACGGACAUGCCAAGGACGAGCCCGCCGCUGUCGAAUACUACCGUCUUGCCACCCAACUCGGUCACCUCGAGGCCCAGGGCGUCCUUGCCUUCUGCUUCGAGUUCGGUCUCGGUCUCGAGGCCAACUACGUCGAGGCCGAGCGUCUCUACAUCCUCGCCGCUGAGAAGGGUGACGGUCUCUCCCUCUCCCGCCUCGCCUUCCUUCGCAAAUACGGUCGCCCCUCUGUCAAGAUUGACCGCAUCGAAUCAGAGUACUGGCAACAAAAGAUUAACCAGCAGGGACCAGGAGCCCUUGCUUGGUUGAUGGAAGCCGCUGCCGUCGACAACCAUGACUGCUGUCAAUUCGCUCUUGGUGUCUGCUACCACGACGGAGUUGGUGUCGAAAAGAACGCCACAGAGGCCUUCCACUGGUACCGCAAGUCGGCUGAGCAGGGCAACGCCCGCGGUCAGGGUAUUCUCGGCUAUUGCUACGGUGAAGGAUUUGGAGUUGAGCGGGAUCGCAAGCAGGCCAUGUACUGGUACAGGAUUGCAGCAGAAAAGGGCGAGUCCGUUGCCCUCUACAACAUCGGAUACUGCUACGAGGAUGGACUGGGCGUCGAAAAGAACCCCUACGAGGCCGUCAAGUGGUACCGCCUCUCAGCAGAACUCGGAAACGCCUUUGCCCAAAACUCGCUUGGCUAUUGUUACGAGGACGGCAUCGGUAUCGAACAGAAUCUGGAAUUCGCUGCCAGUUGGUACACAAAGUCGGCAGAACAGGGUUACCCAUGGGCAGAGUGCAAUCUCGGAUACUGCAACCAGAACGGCAUCGGUCUUCCCAAGGACAACGCCAAGGGUGCCUUUUGGUACCGCAAGGCCGCUCUCCAGGGCCAUGCCCGUGCCCAACACAACCUCGGAUUCUGCUACCAGAACGGUAUCGGUGUCCCCAAGGAUCAGGUCGAGGCUGUCAAGUGGUACAUGAAGUCGGCUGAGCGUGGCAACAUCUUUGCCUUCCACUCUCUCGGCUACUGCUACCAGAACGGUAUCGGUGUCCAGCAGAACCUCGACGAGGCCGUCUACUGGUACUACCUCUCUGCCGAAGAGAACCACGCCCCCGCCCAACUCUCGCUUGGAUACUGCUUCCGCAACGGUGUCGGUGUCCCCAAGGAGCCCAAGGAGGCCGUCAAGUGGUUCUACCGAUCCGCCAUCCAGGGCAACGCCCUCGCCCAGAACUCACUCGGGUUCUGUUACGAGGAGGGUCUUGGAGUGGAGAAGAACCGGGAAAAGGCCGUGUUUUGGUAUGAAAAGUCGGCAGCCCAGAACAACCCUUGGGCUCAGUGUAACCUCGGUUUCUGUUAUGCCAACGAGAUUGGUGUGGCUCAGAACUAUGAGCUCGCCGUCAAGUACUACUCUCUCGCCGCUGCGCAGAACCACGCCCGUGCUCAGGACAAGUUGGGUGUUUGUCUGCAACUCGGACAAGGUAUCGCUCAGGACGUCAAGAAGGCCGUUCGCUAUUUCCGCCUCGCGGCUGAGCAAGGCCACCUCGCCGGACAAUAUCAUCUUGCAAAUGCAUUGGAAAAGGGACUUGGAUGCGAAGUACAACUGGAAGAGGCGUCGAUGUGGUUUGAGCGCGCUGCUGCGAACGGAUGCCGGACAUCGCACGAGAGACUUCAGCGUCUCCUUGCACGGUCCUGCCUCGAGAAUGGCCUGGAGACAAGUGAAACUGGACUCUUCCUUGGCGCCAUUGGCCAUUGCGCGCCCGCCGCUUAA